GACGUCCUGAAUGAUUGUCUCCCUUGAACGCAGACCUCCAUCUUGGGCUCUCUAUCCUCAUCACACGGUCCGAAGAGCUCUCCGCUAUGCAGUCGUCACAGGUUGACCGACGACAGCGCCGCUUCCUGACUCUGGUCUUCGUACCACUCGCGUUUUCUCUGUUCCUCUACCUCUCGAUGUCCGGAUCGACCAGCCGCGCCGACGAGGGUGCUAUGCUGCUGCACAAACGGUCGCAUCUUGCAAGCAGCCACGUACGCUCUAACUCCAUGAUCAUGCGCAGCGCCAGGCUUAGAUCACCCUCAUCGCGGGGGCCAUUGGCAUUGCCGAGGGACGGGUUCCUGGAGACAAUGGCAGACGCUGUCACAGGUGGAGGCGGAGAUACAACGGCGGCACAGGCUGGCGUCACCAAUCCACUCGGCCGUGGACAAGAUCCAAAUCCUUUUUCGAGAGAAGAAGACGGCGUCCGUACCUACUAUUUUCCCACCAUCGACUUUGGUACCGGCGUGUACAUGCAGACGUCGACCGAUCUCAACACUGUUCUGUCGGUUCCAACAAACGAGAAAAAGAUCUUUACGUACGACAAGGAAGUCGGCACGGAGGCGCCUGCUUACUUCCGAUGGGACGAUGAUAACAACCUCCUCGUCAUCAGCUCAGUGGGACCGCAGGGAAAUGGAUUACUUAGGAUGUUACACAGCACCAGCCAAGAUCUCUUGACGGGAUGGGAGGAUCUCGGGCCCGUCAAGGACGGCAGUGGGAACAAGCUUGUCAAUUACGACGGCUUCAUCUUUCAGCAUCCUAACGGGAAGCGCUAUCUCUUGUAUUCGGCCUUGAAGUCCAUCCUUAUCACCGAGCUCACCUCGUUCAACACCGUCGGAAAGAGUCUGACGAUCGUCACUGGAAAUGGUCAAGUCAUCGAGGCACCGGCUGCUUUUAUCUCUGGCGACACGCUGAACUUGCUCUGGAGCGAGAAUGGCUUCGCCACGCCCGAUUACAACACCCGAAGAAGGGCAGUCUCGACACAUUCAGAUCCGAUGGACCCAAGCACUUGGCGCUUUGCGGACUCCAAGACAAUUUUGCAGUCGGGCAAUGGAGUCUACGGUACAGGUUCAGUCGGCGUCUUUACCGGCCCAGACGGACAACCAUGGCUUGCCUAUACCUGCUUCUAUGACCCCAACGGCUUUCCUCAGUCGAUCAAUCCUCGCAGAGUCCAGGCUCAACCUCUGGUGAUUGAAAACGACGUCAUUCAAUCGAUGGAACCAGACGCACCAACAGGGCCUACGGGAACAACCUGA